UGGGGAUUCCGUUCAGGCCCCCUGCCCGGCGGCUCCCGAGGCGCAAGGCAGGCGCGCGCGGCGCGCUGGUGGGGACCGGGCGCCACGACGCGCCCUGGGCUGGGGCCGCGGCGGCGAGGGGGGCGGGGGGCGUGCGCCUGUGCGGCCCCGGCCGGGGGGCAGAAGGGGCUGCCACCGCGGCCCGGAGGAGACGACCCCCCUGCAGCCCCUGCCGCGACCUCCCCACCGACCUCCGAGCCCUCGGGCCGGUGGCGCUGGUGCGCGGGUUCCGAGCUCGGGCGCGGGGAGCCGCAGCCGCAGGGAGGGAGCGGCCGUGGCGGGAGCGCGUGGGGCGGACGUCGGAGGCUCCCCUGCGAAGGGAAGGCUGGUGGCCUGGGCUGGGAUCUCUGCGAUCCGGAGGCCGCCGCGCAGUGCCGGCGGAGGGCGCGCUCGGCGCGCGGCCCUCGGGGCUCGGGGCUCAGCGGGCAGGGCCCCCACCCUCGUCCUUCUUUCUCGCAGCGCGCUGCGGGGAUGCUGUCCUUACUGCUCUGCGGCGCGUCCAUCGCUCUUCCACUUUUUGUCGGAGCAGAUUCAUGCAAGGAUACUGGUGUGCAAAAUGAGACACCUGCCAUAGGCCAGCCUUUUGCUUUUAAUUGCACAUACCCUCCUAUAACAUCAGGAAAAGUAUGUGUAACAUGGUAUAAAUAUCCUAGCAGAACGCCUAUAUCCAAAAACAUAGAGUCUAGAAUUCACCAGGAAGAACAAUGGAUUUUAUUUCUUCCCUUGAAAAUGGGGGACUCUGGGAUCUACCAGUGUUUUAUGAAGACUGUAAAGAGAUUAAAGGAGAGCGGUUUACUUCUUGGAAAACAAAGCUUUUAGUGAACAAUGUUUCCACAGAGGACAAAGGCAGCUAUGCCUGUCAAGCCACCCUGACACACAGCACGGGGAAGCAGUACAUUGUUGUCAACAGCAUCGCCGUGAACAUCUCAGAAAAAUUACAAUAUAUAGGAAGAAUCCCUGAAAUCGUUUAUCCAAAAAACAACUCAAUUGAAGUACAACUUGGCGCCACUCUUAUUGUGGACUGCAAUAUUACAGACACACGGGAGAACACGAACCUGCGGUGCUGGACAGUCAAUAACACCCUGGUGGAUAUCUACUAUGGAGAAUCCAAAAGGAUCAGAGAAGGAAUUGAAACCCACAUUUCUUUUCCCAGACAUAAUUUUUACACGAUGAACAUAACCUUCUCAGAAGUGAAAAUGGAAGAUUACGGCCGUCCUUUCACAUGCCAUGCUGGAGUGUCUGCUGCUCACUUUAUAUUAAAGCUGCCAGCUCCAAAUUUGCAAGCUUAUGUGAUAGGAGGACUUCUCACCUUGGCAGGUGCGGCUCUGUGUGCCACGUGCAUCUACAACAUUUUUAAGAUCGACAUUGUACUUUGGUAUCGAAGUGCCUUCCAUUCCGCUGGGACCCUCAAAGAUGGGAAGCUAUAUGAUGCAUAUGUCUUAUACCCCAAGCCUCACAGAGAUGUCCAGAGCCAUGACGUGGAGACACUGGUGUUGAAGAUUCUGCCCGAGGUGCUGGAGAGACAAUGUGGAUAUAAGUUAUUUAUAUUUGGCAGGGAUGAAUUUCCUGGACAAGCUGUGGCCAACGUCAUUGAUGAAAACAUUAGGCUGUGUAGGAGACUGAUCAUCAUCAUAAGUCCCACAUCCUCGAGUUUCGACCUGUUAAAGAACAUGUCAGAACAACAAAUCGCAGUGUACAAUGCUCUCAUCCAGGACGGGAUGAAGGUCAUUCUGAUCGAACUGGAGAAAGUCAAGGACUAUACAGCCAUGCCGGAGUCAAUUCAGUACAUCAGACAGAAGCACGGGGCUGUCCAGUGGAGUGGGGACUUCACAGAGAGGUCACAGUGCGCAAAGACCAAGUUCUGGAAGAAAGUGAGAUACCACAUGCCUCCCAGAAGGCGCCCACUGCCUGCUGUCCAGCUGCUGAAGCACGUGCCCUGUGACCUCCUGGCUGGCAAGUGGCCUUUGUCAGCCAGGAUUCUGAGCAACAUGUGAGAGAAGAGUCACCACACUGAGAUGGUGGAAUUCUAGUCCACGUAAAACAAAGUAAUCUGUCAGUUAGCUACAUCAGUUUAGGAGGUAACAGUCACAAAGAUGUUUGAUACUAAAAAUUAGCUGUAGACUAUCUUGACUUUCGAAGAUCCUGACUUAAGGAGCUUAGAUACACAGUAGAACUCUCUCAUUCUGUGGUCACCAUGCCCAACCUUAAACAGUGGCCUGCUCGCAUCCCCCAAAGUUCACAUGUUGGAGCCCUAAUGCCCAAUGUGAAGGUGUUAGGGGGGGCCAUGAGGAAGGAGCCCUCACAAAUGGGAUGAGUGUUCUUACAAAAGAGACCCCAGAGAGCUGCCUGCCCCUCCUGCCACGUGAGGACAUGGGGAGAGGUCUGCAGCCUGGAAGAGGGCCCUCAUUCCACCAUGCUGGCACCCUGAUCUCAGAUGUCCAGCUUCCAGGAGUGGGAGAAAUAAAUUUCUAUUGUUCACAA